AUGGCUAUCAGAAAUCGAAUUCGUGAUGUUGUCGGUGGAAAGUCUGACAACAUUACAGAGGAUCCAAGUACCGAGGAGGCGAUUUCCAAUGAUAAAGAAGCUUCCCAUCCUGUGACGGAGGUCCCCAGUCGCGAUAAAAAGGCUAAACCCACCGAAGAGGCUCAGAAUGGUGUACAGAAAAUUGAAGCUGUCACUCUAGCCUGGAGCAAAAACUCAGUCUACAUCAUUCUAGGACUGAUUUGGCUUCUUACGCUAGCGAACAACAUGAAGGGGGUCACAAUCGGUUCCUUGUCCAUAUUCGCGACGGCCGACUUCAGUGCCAGCGGCGAGCUGACUGUUGUCAACAUUGUGGCUAGCAGUCUGGGAAGCGCCGUUUAUAUUCCCAUGGCUAAAGCACUAGAUAUUUGGGGUCGAGCAGAAGGCUUCCUCCUGAUGCUGGUUUUUGCUACGAUGGGUAUGAUCAUAUUGGCUGCAUCUCGAAAUCUUGCAACCUACUGUGCUGGAUAUGUCUUCUAUACAGUUGGAUUUGGGGGUCUUGGUUACAGUUGGGACGUACUUGCAGCUGAUGUGACCAAUCUGCGAAAUCGAGGCCUCGCGUUCGCAUUUACCUCGUCACCAGCUUUGAUCUCUGCCUUUGCGGGAUCAAAGGUUGCGUCAGGCUUUUACGAACAGGUCAACUGGCGAUGGGGGUACGGUGCCUACGCCAUCAUUAUCCCAGUCUUCGCACUGCCGAUUUACUUUAUGCUUUCAUACAACUUUCGCAAGGCCGAAAAGACUGGGGUCAUUGUCAGAGAAAAGAGCAAACGGAAGUUAAACAUGCAGACCGUCUGGUGGAUUAUUAACGAGUUUGACUUGCUAGGCGUAUUAUUCUUUGCUAGUGGACUGGUUAUCUUCCUUCUUCCUUUCACCUUGGCCGCGAGAGCGCCUCAUGGCUGGGCUACUGGCUACAUCAUUGCUAUGCUCGUGGUUGGAUUCGUCCUCCUGGUGCUAUUUGCUCUGUACGAGAUCUAUGUCGCCCCGGUUCCAUUUUUGAACCACGAGUUUCUUGUCAACCGGACAAUCUUGGGUGCUUGUCUUUUAGACAUGACUUACCAAAUUUCGUACUACUGCUAUGCCAGCUACCUCUCAUCUUUCUUAAUGGUGGUAUACAACGUGGAUUUGGCCACGGCAGGAUAUAUUACGAAUACUUUCAGCGCGUGUUCCUUUUUCUUCUUAUUCACCGCUGGCUUUCUUAUUCGUUGGACCGGACGCUUCAAGUGGAUUUUAUGGAUAUCUGUUCCACUCUAUAUUUUUGGCCUCGGCUUAAUGAUUCACUUCCGUCAACCCGGUGGAUACAUUGGGUACAUCGUGAUGUGUGAGAUCUUUUUCUCUGCAUCUGGAGCUAUCUUCAUUCUCUGCUGUCAACUCGCUGUUCUUGCUGAGGUUGAUCACCAACAUGUUGCUUCCGUCCUCUCUCUACUUUUUGUGAUGGGUGGUAUCGGCGAUGCAGUAGGCAGUGCUAUCUGUGGUGCCAUUUGGACGAAUACUUUCUACAAGCAGCUUGAGCAAAAUCUGCCUGCUGCCACGCUGCUGGACAUUACGACCAUUUACUCUUCUUACGCGUAUCAGAUCAUUUAUCCUUGGGGGGAUCCCACGCGAGAGGCCAUCAUCAAGUCUUAUGGGUAUGCCCAGCCGAGAAUGCUUGCUGCUGGUACUGCAUUCAUGGUCUUGGGCUUCAUUUGGGUUGCGAUGAUCAAGAAUCCCAACGUCAAGCACAUGAGUCAGACCAAGGGUAAUGUUUUCUAA